UUUCAAGUUUUAUGUUCUUUCACUUUUUUUAUAAACACAAUUUUUGUUUUCUUUGGAAUGAACGUUCUGCGUUCGGUUCCUUUUUUCUUUCAAUUCUGGAUGUAAACCUCACAGUCACACGAUUCAUAUGGGUUCCUGAUCAGUACCUAAUUUUAAGAGGACAUAGGCCCUCACUACACCGAGAGAGGCACACCUGUCCGACCGGAAGUUGCGAUAACACUACCGUCUUUAUGUAAACAUCCCAAGCACUUCGAUUCUCUUUCAGACAGUCUUUUUUUCUUCUCCGUUUCGCCAGGAUGUUGGCUACAGUCCCGACGCGCUGUUUCCACCGGCCAGUGAGUCUCCAUGAGCGUCCCUAACCCCCUAAAGAAACAGGAUGGGGAACAGCACAUCAUCAUCUUUGGGGAAGUCAGCAACUGCUCCUGUGAAUCAGAUUCAAGAAACAAUUUCUGAUAAUUGUGUGGUGAUUUUCUCAAAAACAUCUUGUUCUUACUGUACGAUGGCGAAAAAACUUUUCCAUGACAUGAAUGUUAACUAUAAAGUAGUGGAAUUGGACAUGCUUGAACAUGGAAGUCAAUUUCAAGAUGCUCUCUACAAAAUGACCGGUGAAAGAACCGUACCAAGAAUAUUUGUCAAUGGAACUUUUAUUGGAGGUGCAACUGACACUCAUAGGCUUCACAAAGAAGGGAAACUGCUUCCACUAGUUCAUCAGUGUUAUUUAAAAAAAAGUAAGAGGAAAGAAUUUCAGUGAUGUAGGUGCUUAUAAUGUUGCUAGUAAAAUGUUAGUGAUUUAAAAUGAUCAUGCCUGAUAAUGCCUUUUAAAUGUUUGAGGAUGUUUUAAAAAUGUAAAUCAUCUUUAUGGGAAAGUUCUAAAACUAAUGAGCAAUAAAUUGCUGUGGAAAUCUCUUCUUUCUACUUGCCAAUUCUUGAGCAAAGGGGAUGAUAUUUAAAACUAAAGGGGUGGAGUUGUAUCAAAAGAUGAGGAGAGAAUGUAUUUUAUUAGGAAUUUAAAUAUGGAGCACCUGGGUGGCUCAGUUGGUUAAGUGUCUGACUCUUGAUGUCGGCUCAGGUCUUUAUGUCAGGGUCAUGGGUUCAACCCCCGUGUUAGGCUCCACUCCAGAUGUGGAGCCUACUUUAAAAAAAAAAAAAAAAAAAGCCUUUAGGAAUUUAUGUAUGAAUUUUACAACCAAGAGCUAGAAGCUAAGCAUUUGGGAUUCUUUAUUCUAUGUAGUAUUCAGAAGGAGUUAAUUCCUUACCUUUUAUGGCUUUCAGUGGUGAGGACUGCUUUGUAAUUUUUCUCUUUAAAAUGUAAGGUUCUCCCAGUUAUGGUUGUCAGCUCAGUAGGGAUAUCCUUGUACUAUAUUGAGACAAACCUUCAUACUUUGUACUUCUAGGGUAAGAGAAAUAUAUUAAAUUUGUCAGAUGGAAUGAAGUUUAUUUCAGAGAAACCAAAUUACUCCUUUAAUGACUCAGUAGUUCCAGGGAACAGAACUGUACCUAAGGGGAAGAAAUUAUAAGGAGGAAGAUUUCAGCAUUUUAUGAAAAUGAACUUUUGAAAUAGUUCAGAAAUGUACUUGAGAUUUAUUGUAAGGUGGAAAGUUCUGCUUUCCAAACUGUGUUGAAAGGGUGUUGGAAAUGUUCCAUAAGAGAUCAAAGUAUGGGGUAGGAGGUUACACUGUCCCUCUAGUAAUUUCUGAUGUAGAUAGUCUUCGAUUCUGUGACCAAUUCAAACUAUAUCUUAGUAAUAAGAUAUAUCUUUUGGAAGUCUUAUUUUAUAAUAAUUAAAAAUAUUUUGGAUACUUUAUUAAUCACAUCCCUGUUUCAAGCUUAUCAACAAGAGUUAAAAAAAAUUUUUUUUAAAUGUUUAUUUAUUUUUGAAAGAGAGCACGAGCAGGAGAGACGCAAAGAGAGUGGGAGACACAGAAUCCGAAGCAGGUUUCAGGCUCUGAGCUGUCAGCACAGUGCCUGACACAGGUCUCAAACUCACGAACCAUGAGAUCAUGACCUGAGCUGAAGUCAGACGCUUAACUGACUGAGGCACUCAGGCGCCCCUCAACAAGAAUUUUUUAAGUGCACUUCCUAGGAAGCAUUUUCCUGGCUGAUCCCACAGAGUCACCAGGGCAGAUUGCCAGAUGCUGGGAAGAGAAAACUUCUCAAAGGUGGGAGGACAAUGCACUGUAAGAGAAGAGUGCUUUUGCUUUCUGGUCUAGCUGGACCAAGGAAUCUGGGAUAGUUCUGCAGAAGACAGCUGAUAGCUUUUUUGGCUAUAAGCCAUCAAUGAUGCUUCCUCCAUGGACUUAUUAAAUUGCCAUUAGGAGACCUUGAUAAAACAAGGAUUUGGACUAUUUCAUUCUCAUAUGGUAAAUUACAACGCUGGAAUGGAACAGAGAAUGGAAUGUCCUUUAGUCUUUUAUUCUGCAUUACGUCAUGAGAAAUUUUACAUUUGCUAUGUUGUAAAAUUUUUGUUAGAGAGUAGAGAAAAUAUACUUGUUACCUGUGUGCUAUUGUAAUUUAUAAUAGGAAAUAUGUAUUUGGUCUUAAUCCCAUUCCUGGCAUACAGCCCCUAAAACCCUUGGAAUCUGCUGCCAUAAAGAGCCAUAAAGGUGUUAUGUUAAUGAGAAGACUUUUGGGAACACCCGUAAGGAUGGGGUCUGGUUGCUAGGAGAACCAACCCUGUGAUUACAGUGUAGGAACUUUCCUACACUGUGGGAGAGGGAGAGGGACUGGACGUUGAUUGCCCUCAUUGGCCAGUGAUUUAACCAAUCAUGACUAUGCGAUGAAGCCUCUAUAAAAAACCCAAAGGACAGGGUUUGCAGAACUUCCGGGUUGGUGAGCACGCGGACAUUCAGGGAGAGUAACGUGCCCAGAAAGAGGACAGAAGCUCCCACCCUUUCCCCAUACCUUGCCCUGUAUCUCUUUCACCUGGCUGUUCUUGCUGUGUGCUUUUACUUAUUUUAUUAUUAUUUUUUACAUGUUUAUUUUUGAGAAGAGUGAGCGGGAGAGGUGCACAAAAGGGGACAGAGGAUCUGAAGUGGGCUCCAUGUUGACAGCAGAGAGCCUGAGGCUUCGACUCAUGAACUGUGAGAUCAUGACCUGAGCCAAAAUCAGACGCUCAACUGACUGAGCCACCCAGGCGCCCCCCCUUGCUAUGUCCUUUUAAAAUAGACCAGUAAAUGGGGCACCUGGCUGGCUCAGUUAGUUAAAUGUCCAACUCUUGGUUUCAGCUCAGGUCAUGAUCUCACUGUUCAUGAGAUUGAACCCCGAGUUGGGCUCUGUGCUGCCAGUGCAGAGCCUGCUUGGGAUUCUCUCUCCCCCUCUCUCUACCACUUCCCUGCUAGCACGCUCUCUCUCAAAUAAACAAAAAAGCCACACCAGUAAUCUAGUAAGUAAAAUGUUUCUCUGAGUUGUGAACUUUCUAGCAAAUCAGUUGUCCCAGGGACUGGGUUCUUGGAACCCCCAUCUAUAGCUGGUCAGUCAGAAUAACAGAUGACAACCAAUGUCAGGCAGAUUGGUAUCUGAAGUGGGGGUUUGAGGGGCAGCCUUGGGGACUGAGCAGCUGCCCUGACAUGCCAAUCCUGUUUGACCAAGACUUUUAGUUUUUUUUCUAGUUUAUUUUUUUCAAGGGAGACAGAGACAGCAUGAGUGGGUGAGGGGCAGAGAGCGUGGGGACAGAGAAUCCCAAGCAGGCUCUUAAGUGUCAGUAUGGAGCCUGAUGAGGGGCUCAAACCCUUGAAACUGCAAGAUCACAACCUGAGCCAAAACCAAGAGCAGGACGUUUAACCAACUGAGCCACCCAGGCUCCGCUCCCCCCCUCCCUCCACCCCCCUCCAAGACUUUUAGUUUUAACUGAAAUGGGCUAGUUAACUGUUAACUAGCAGUUAACAGUGAUUAUACCUUCUCUUUUCAGAGAACAUUAUUAUUUAAGAAUUUCUUUAAGUGUUUGAGAGACAGGGAGACAGAGCACAAGUGGGGGAGGGGCAGAGAGAGAUGGAGACAGAAUCUGAAGCAGGCUCCAGGCUCUUGGCUGUCAGCACAGAACCCGACACAGGGCUUGAACCUGUAAACCGUGAGAUCAUGACCUGAGCUGAAAUCAGACGUUUAACCGACUGAGCCACCCAGGCACCCCCGUCUAUUUAAUUUUUCAUGUUACGAUAUGAAAAAUACACUGUUUGCUGUAGCCUACCAAUAUUAAAAACAUGGGCCAUUUGUUUCUCAUUUUUUCACUGAUCAAUUUAUACUUGAAUCAACCACAUAGCUACUAGGGAAGCUGAAAAGCUGUUAAGAAAAGAAAGGGGUAUUUUGUCUUAAUGUAUCUGGAUUGUUUACUAAUAUAAAAAUUAGCAUUUGAACAAUAUUUUUUAAGUCACGUCUUCUUGAUAAGGUUUAAUAUUGUUAAUUACUUCUUAAGUCUAGUUUUCUCAUCUGUGAAGACAUGUAUAAUGACAGUCAUCUUGAAAUAGAGAACUAUAAAGUCAACAAAAAUGUCCAAAUUCUUCGUAGGUGCAUUCUGAUGUAACUUACUCUUUUCCCAAAGGUAACUCUGAGUAAUUUUUUCACGAAAGAAAACUAUUUUAAAACUCCUUUAGAAUGUGCACUUUGGUUAAAUCCAGAGAUCUACAAAAGAAUCCUCAACCACAUGUAUUUUAAAUAUAAUUAUAUACAAUUAGAGGCAUUAUAAAGCCAGUGUUAAUUACCAAACUUUAAUUUCAUCUUAUUCAAGUAUUAUAACAUUACUAAGUGCCUUAGCUUUUAUAAGACAUAUUAUAUAACCUUAAAAUUCUUAGUUCGUUGAAGAAAUAAAGACAAUUAUUUGAUGUGCAUAGAGUUUAUUUGGUGUGUCUAUCAAUUUCUACAAUACAGUUGACUAGAAACCGUUCCCGCAGUGUGUCUGUACCCCAUGUCUAAAAUGAUGUAUUCAGUAUGGUAUUUUGCAAGGCUAGAAAAGGAGAGAAAGUCAAAAUUUCACAGUAUUGGUGAAAACUUUUAUCAUGAAAUAAAUUUAAUUCUUUAGUAUUUCAUCCAUUUUCUAUCAGAAAAACAGCAAAAUUACAUUGUUAGGUAUAUUAUUUACAGUGAAAACUUGGAAGACUCAACAAAGCAUCAGUAAGUUUAUCAACAGAGCUAAGAACCCUCCCACCCCGCUUUCCAGGGUCCCUUCCUUUGAAAUGAAACUUGUAUAAAUCAAACUUUGUAUCCUUAAGCACCAGCUUGACAAUUUAAAGUUUUCUUUCAAUUUUAUAAAAUAUUCCUGCUUUGAAAGGCAAAGUGAAUGUAAAAAUGUGAAUGUAAUUAAACAAAUCACUGGCCUGGAUACUCUUUAUUGCAACAAUUGCAAUGUUUUACAACUGUAUUCACUUCUUUGAAUGAAUUU